AAAAAGUCUUGCUUUGCUGUUAAGGUAUGUCCUAAAACUUUAGAAAGUUGAGGAAAAGGGAACAAAAGAAAUGCUGUUUCCCAAGAAAAAUGAGAAAUAAAACAGCAGGGGUCCAAUAUCAUGAAGCAAGUAUAUAGCAUGUUGGGUCCAAUUCAUUUCUUUAAUAUAAACUGCUGGUGGGAAGCAUGAUGGCAGCUUUACCACUCUCUCUUAACUUUAAACAUGGACAUGCUUGUGUUCAUCUCAAGUUUAUCCUUUUCAUUCAAUGAGAUAUCAUUGUGGUUUACCUGGUGAAUCUGUGGCGCACGUUUUAACCUUUGUGUAGGAGUGUUUUCCAUUAAGCUUUCUCCCAUCUCUCUCCCCUAUUUUCUCUUUAUUCUAAUUGAAGAAUUUCUUUUUAUGGAAGAAGCUAAACCCAUCAGUCAACCUCCCCUUUUGUCUCUCUACUUGUAGAAUCCAGCACUUUGAAUUGAAACCCAUUUUCCUAUGGCACCAGGACAUAGACAAUACUACAUUCAUGCCUUCAGAAACCAGCAGAAUCUUAUCUAUCAACAACCUUCCCCUACUUCAGACCAUGCUUUCCCUCUAUUAGCUAUUGCUGUGUUGAGCAUCAUGGGCACAGCUUUCUUGCUAGUUGGUUACUACGUCUUUGUGAACAAAUGUUGCUCCAACCGGAACCAAUUUAGUCUUCUAAGGUGGUUCACUGUUUGGAGAGCUAGACGUAACGAGGAUUCGUUUAUAGCCCUCUCUCCAACCAUGUGGAAUCGUGGGCUGGACGAGUCAGUAAUUCGCGAGAUACCAACAUUUCAGUACAGGAGAGAAGAAGGUCGGGAGAGGAGCAGCUGUGGCUGUGUUGUCUGUUUGAAUGAGUUCCAAGAACAAGACAUGCUUCGAGUUCUUCCAAACUGUAGCCAUGCAUUUCACCUGGAUUGCAUUGACAUAUGGUUUCAAAGCAAUGCUAAUUGUCCACUUUGCAGAACAAGCAUUUCAGGCUCUGGUACUAAGUAUCCAGUUGACCGCAUAAUUGCUCCUAGCUCAUCACCUCAAGGCUCGCAGCCAUACACCGAUAGUCUUAUGGGAAGUGAUGAAGAUUAUGUGGUGAUCGAACUGGGUGGAGAAGAUGAUGGAGCUUUGUUACCUCCUAGGCAACAUGAAAGAAACACUUCAAGAGAAGCUCAGAUGAGAAUCAGAAGUCGAUCGCCAAUGAAGAUGGAGCAGAAGCUUGGAAAGUUGAAAACAAGGAAGCAACACCAUGUCUCAAUUAUGGGUGAUGAAUGCAUUGAUGUAAGGGGGAAAGAUGAUCAGUUUUCCAUCCAACCGUUGAGGAGAUCUUUCUCACUGGAUUCUGCAGUGGAUCGACAGCUUUACUCAAGUGUUCAAGCAAUCAUUCAUCAAAAUAUCCAUCAUAGGGAAAUUAGCAAUACCGAGGAAAGUAGUAACAGAGUACUUAGGUCAGUUUUUCCAUUUGUUCAUGUCCGAGGAUCCAGAAAAGCAGUACGUCCGGUUGAAUUUGAGAUAUAAUGCAAGAAGACUUAAUCUGAAAUCUUGUCUUUAUGUCCUGUUUGAUAUUUCAUUUUUUUCGAAGGGUUUGCUGGUGUUUUUCAUAUGAUGGAAUAGUUACAAAUGAGGAACUGAUAAAAAUCUAGGGUGGUUUCGGAUUCAUAUCUUGAAUAGAAUGAACGGUAUACACGGACUCCUACUGAGAUGCAAGCAUGCUUAUGAGAAUCAUUGCUUAAACCACUUAGGGUGGACGCCUCUUUUUUUCUGUUUUGAGUUCCUUUUUAUUUUAUGAAUAGAAAUGAUUGUUUUAACACCUCUUUAUCCAGAGACUGUGUGAGACAAAGACGGGGGGAGGGGGGAGGGGGCAGAGUGGACGGGGUAAGCUAUUAUGUAAGUCAUGGCAAGGGGACCGGAAUAAUGAGCAACUAUGAGUGCAAACCUCAAAAGGGACCUCCUCUGCGAAUGAUCACCAACCUCUUUUGUCUUGUAGUAAUUAUACUGGUGUUGGUAAUGCGCAGAGGAGAUUAUUCUGCCCAGGUUCCAUAAUGGUUUUAAGA